AUGGUACUUCUACACUUUCUUCGCUGCCAGCGCUUCUUGUGGCGUGGCCUUCGCGACCGUGCGCGGGUGAGCAAGAUGAUAAGCGGUGCCUUGCCCAUCCCUGCCAGCUGUGCGGAAGCAUCGGUGGUGCCGGUCAGGGUAAUUCGUGCGGCCGCGGCAAGGACGGCGGCGCUUCAGCAGACACCACGGCCGCCUCCGCCUCGGUUUGUUUGGCCGUGGCUUCGCCAGCUGCCAUUUGACCGUGCGUUUGUUCAGUUUAUCGCCCAGCCCAUGGUUGUUCCCAUGUACUGCGGCUUGCGUAUGAUAGACCAGUACGGCCACGUCAACAACUCCAAGUACCUUGAACUCUGCGAGUUGGCUCGGUGGCAUCAGCUAUCGUUCCUCGGUAUUGGCACCAUGAUGGUGCGGCACCGCGUGUCAUUCGUUGUCUCCGACCUCUCCAUCACUUAUCAGCGGAGGGCG